AAUUUUAAAAUAAAUCCCGAACCCCGGCGGUGCGUCAAUUCCUUUUCUCCUCUCCCGUUUGCCCUAAUACCCUUUCCACCUUCACCCCCAACUCCUCCUGGGGACAUCAAUCAGCGCCGUGCCGUCCCAAAACUCCGGUUACAGCGCCGAACGGCCAAGACAAAGCCCCCAGUUCCCAACUCCUUCCCCAGAUCUCGAUCUCCUACACUAGCUCCGUGCAAAUUCCAUUGACAGCUUCGAGGAGAAUUUUCCAUGCCUAUUUCUGUUGCAUCUGAAAAACUUGUCUAAAUACUCAGCAGAGGAUAGUGUUUCUGGAGAGUAAAAUGCACAAUCAAGUUGAUCGAGUAGAGAGCCAAAGCAGCUUUUCUUUGUUGUAUGAAUGCCAGGGAAAAUCAGCUCCCGAAGGAAGCAAAGGAUCUUUAUAUUUUCGUGAAGACUGUCUUGAGCAAAAACUUUUUGGAGAGGACAAUGAUGAAAUGUGCAAUGCUAGGACCAACCAAUCUGAUUUAUCUGAAUGCAUGGCUGAUGAACCCACACCAAGGCCGAGAAAUGUUGUGAAUGCUAAUGAAAAUGCUUGUUUGCAUGGGCAACAUGAGAGUUGUGAAGCAGAAGAAAACUUGAAGCAGAAUAGCAGCACAUUACAAGACUUGUAUCUUCAAGAAUAUUAUGAUGAUGAGGAUGAUGAUGAUAGCGACUGGGAACCUGUCAGUCAUUUUGUUAUCAAGAAGUGGUUUUGUGCUAACUGCACAAUGCCAAACUUCGAUGAUGUUUGUCACUGCGAUGUCUGUGGGGAGCAUAGAGAGUCAGAUUUCUUUAGAUAUGAUUUUUCCCAAUUGCAUGUUGGAGGAGAGGCAACGAACAGCUACCAAGGUGCAGAUUCAUCCUCAGAAACUUGUACAGCCAUAGGUUUUGAUGAGAGAAUGUUGCUUCAUUCUGAGGUUGAAAUGAAAUCACAUCCACACCCAGAGAGGGCUGAUCGCCUUAGGGCAAUUGCAGCUAGCCUUGCUGCUGCAGGAAUAUUUCCUGGAAAAUGCACCUUCAUACCACCUAGAGAAAUAACACAAGAGGCACUUCUGAUGGUCCACUCCUUGGAUCAUAUCGAAGCAGUUCAACAAACAAGACAUAUGCUUUCCAGCUACUUCACUCCAGACACAUAUGCCAAUGAACAUUCAGCAUGUGCCGCGAGACUUGCAGCAGGACUCUGUGCAGAUCUUGCUCGCACAAUUAUGUCUGGUCAUGCAAGGAAUGGUUUUGCUCUGGUUAGGCCUCCCGGGCAUCACGCAGGUAUAAAACAAGCCAUGGGUUUCUGCCUCCAUAAUAAUGCAGCAAUUUCUGCAUUAGCAGCACAGAGUGCAGGUGCCAAGAAAGUAUUAAUUGUUGAUUGGGAUGUACACCAUGGCAAUGGUACACAAGAAAUAUUUGAUGGGAAUAAAUCGGUAUUAUAUGUAUCUUUACAUCGACAUGAGGGUGGAAGGUUCUAUCCUGGGACUGGAGCAGCGUAUGAGGUUGGAACCAUGGGCGAAGGAUACUCCGUGAAUAUUCCUUGGAGCUGUGGGGGUGUUGGGGAUGAUGAUUAUAUUUUGCCUUUUCAGCAUGUUGUGCUUCCUAUAGCUUUAGAAUUUGCUCCCGACAUCACCAUUAUAUCAGCAGGAUUUGAUGCAGCAAGGGGUGAUUCCCCUUGGUUGUUGUGGGAUGUGACCCCUGCUGCUUAUGCACAGAUGACACAGAUGCUGACUGGUCUCUCAGGGCAAUUAUUGGUUAUACUCGAGGGGGGUGGGUUCAUAGCUCGCUUCAUUGGUUGGUUACUUAAAGUUAUAUUUUUGUGAUUUAUCAACUGUAAGUAACUAGUAUAUUGUUCUCCUUCACGCUACAUCUCCGAUCAAUAUAUCUUCGGCUACAGCAGUGGUUAAGGUGUUGCUCGGUGAAGUUCCUGGUUAUGAUAUGAGUAACGUUGUUCCAUCAAAAGCAGGCCUGUAUACUGUUCUGCAAGUCCUGAAAAUUCAACUGAAGUAUUGGCCGAGUUUGAAACAAAGUUAUACAACUCUGCAGUCACAAUGGGGAUUGGUUUCUCAAACAAUAGAAACCAGAUGAAGAAGAGGCGGCGUUUAGUCGGUCCAUUAUGGUGGAAAUGGGGAAGUAAAAGGUUUGUUUAUGAACUAUUAUAUGGCAGUUUCCGUUUGAAUGGGCGGGCACAUGUAAAAAGAAUCUGUUGAUACCAUGUUGCUAUGUCGCCUGUGUACCAAUGCAUUAGUUUGAUGAUGAACAUGGAAUUCUUGGAUGAGGUUAUCGGUGAAGAUUGCAAACUUUCCCCAAACAAAACUUUUUCCUGCUCAAAAUGGAAGAUAGUUGUCUAGAUUUAAACCAGAGUUUUUCCAUUGAAUCGUAAACAUUUACUUGCAAAAGUUGUUUUACUUCAUGGUGGUGUUAAA